AACAGAUUAUUGAUAUUGUUGCUUAUUAAUAUGUGACAUCUUUAGCUGAUUACAUUAAAAAUAAUAAUUAUUUAGGGUGAAAUAGAGGAAACAUGACUGUGUCAUUUUAUAUGCAUUUGAUUGUUAUUUCAUAAUAUUAAAGCUAGAGUCCAAAUAAUAUUAAUAAAUAUAACUAAUUUUGUUUUUGCAGUGCCCGGGAGGCUUGUAAUCAUGUAUCAGCCCUGCUUCAUGCCCUUGCAGACAUUAGUCAGAAGAAAAAGGAUGGUUUGCUUUCAUGCACAUCAGUUGAGUGCAAGUGGAAAAUUCCCAGAAAAAGGAAGUUGGAUCCAAUGAAAUCGGAUGACUUGAACCUGAUGUCAAGCGGCAGGAAUAGUCAACAAAAAGGUACUGGGACUACACAAGGUACUGUCGGAAUACAGAAUGGAACAAUCAACAAAAGAUCAAUGUGUCCCAAGAGCAACAUGCCACAGACAACAAUACAUCUCACAAGAUUUAAUAAGAAGUUAAUUGGUCAUGAAACAAAAAGUAAAUGUGGAUAUGUUGUUAAUACAACUACUGUUACUCAAGCUCCUGAACCUAUGCCAGAACUUCCAAAAAUACCAUGCAUUGAUCGUUGUAUUCCUGACUAUGUUGAUAUUAAAUCGCCAACCUGUCAAACUACCUUUCAAAAUUAUUUUGAUUCCAUGAAAGUGUCAGAAAAGGAUGUGAGGUCAAUAGAGAGAAUGACAAGAGGACAACAUAAAACAAAGUUUUGGAAGGAAGCCAGAUUGGAAAGGAUAACAAGUUCACAGUUUGGCAAAGUAUUUAUCCGACAGACAUCUACAGCUCCAGAUAGACUUGUAUGUGACCUAAUGGGAUAUCGGGGCGAAUUUGGUAACAGACAUACCAGAUGGGGACUUUCACAUGAAUUGGCAGCAAGGCGGCAGUAUAUCAACAAAAUGGCAGGUCUUCAUCCACAGUUGAAAGUGUCUCAGUGUGGACUUAUUGUGAAUACAGACUACCCUUACCUUGCAACUAGCCCUGAUGGACUUGUGUCAUGCACAGAUUGUAGUACAUGUAGUAAUCAACAUGGCUUAGUAGAGAUUAAAUGUCCAUCUGUUUUCAGAGAUCUAACACCAGAAGAGGCUGCAUCAAAUACAAAUUUCUUCUGCCAUAUUGUGGACAAUAAUUUGACUCUAAAAGAAAACCAUGCAUACUACUUUCAAGUACAAGGACAGAUGGCCUUGACCAAAAGAACUUGGUGUGAUUUUGUGGUGUGGACUCUCAAAGGGAUAUCUAUUGAAAGGAUUACAUUUGACGAGAACAAGUGGCAUCAGAUGGUCACAAGGCUUCGCAGUUUCUAUCUCUCAGCCAUUAUUCCUGAAAAAUAUACCCGACGUGUCCAGUGAGGUGUUUCACUGUAUUAGAUUGACCAUUGUACUACCAUCUUACCAGUUGUUUUACCCUAUGCUCACUCAGUCAAUUCAAUGUUUCACUCAAUACCAUAUCAUAUCUUUCUUUGAUAGUCAUAGAUACUUACCAUUCAGUGGGUGAAUUGUUACUUAACGCCGCAUUCACGGCGACUG